AUGACAUCCUCGGAGCCGAUGGCGGUUGAUGACGGGCCUUCGCCGAAAAACAGGUGUCAGAUGAGCGAAGCACAGGGACCGGAAGUUGGUUCGCCGGUGGAGGCCUCAAGGAAUGGGGAAGAUCAAUCGUUCCCUACCAUUAAUGAAAUAAAGAAAUGGCGAGACUCCAAUUUUGCCAAAGAAAAUGGGGAGUUAAUUGAGUGCAGGAGUAAAGUAGCACAAAUUGAUUUAAAUGCGGAGUUGAGAUCACUGCUGGUGCAUGAAAUUGGGAACAGAUCAAAAUAUCUGAGUAGAAUUACUGAAAUUGAAAAAGCGAGAGCCAUGGACAUGAAGCUAUCCUUAAAUGACUAUAGACCAAUAAGCCUUAUUGGUGCUUUAUACAAGAUUGUUGCAAAAGCCUUGGCGAAUCGGGUGAAAGAAUGUAUCAGUAGUUGUAUCGAUGAGGUGCAAUUGUAA